AUGGCCGCCGUGAAGCCCUCGCUGCCGCCGGCGCCGGCGGGGACCGUCGUCGUGGUGCUCGCGCUCGUGCGCGCCGUCCUCGCCCUGACGCUGGUGCUCGGGCGCGUCCUCCUCGUCGCGGCCGAAGCGCUCCCCUACCUGGGCUUCGCGACUCUGUGGGUCAUCUCCGCGGCCGCGGCUGCCAGGGUCGUGGGGAGCCGAGCCUGGGACGAGGGCUCCGCCUCCGCCGUGUUUCUCCAGGCGCUCGCGGACGGGGCUCUCAAGGCCAGCUUCCUUGUCCUGCAAGCGCUUGGCACCGUGAUGCUGUGCGGCCAGUUCCUGCUCUACGUGGUUGCAGCUGUAUCUGGAUCCGGUUCCGAGUUCCAGAAGAGAGCCCAUGGAGCUUUCAACCAGGAGUUGAUUAGGGGGGUUCCUCCCCGCACCGCAGUCCUUGGAACGUUCGCUUCUACGCCCUUCAUCCUGCUAAUUUUAGCUGGUUCUCUGGUGCAAUGCAUGAUGUCGAAAAAGAUUGGUUCUGUGAUUGUGGAUGUGGGGAUAUUUGGCUCCAGUGCCAUACCUUGCUUUGUCGUCAUUCCAGCUGUAGUACUGAGUAACUGGAGGGAGGACCAGAUGUCAAAGAAAAACAUGACUCACGUUGCAGACUGUUGA